AUGGAUAAAUACGAGGAUCUUGGACUUGAGGCGAGUAAGUUUAUAGAGGAUCUAAACAUGUAUGAAGCAUCCAGAGAUGGCUUGUUUCGAAUGAAGAGGGACGCGGGAAAUAACCCCGACUUUGAAGAGACGAGGAAAGUUUUCGCCUCCAAAAUGACAAAAAUCCACAUGCAGAAGCAACAGGAGGAGAUGGCCAAAAGCAGCCAGGCCAUCCGGAUGAACGGGGGCCACAGCAGCAGCAGCACGUACUACACCAGAGACAGACCGCCCAUCAACAGCUCCAGACAGCCGGGCGAGGCGUCCGCCAAACCCCCGAUCCUCUCCGGGCCCGCGCCCGGGAGUCCGCUGGAGGGCCAGAGGCCCCACACGGGAGUGGGCUACGACAAUAAGGACCGCUCGGAGCCGCACGCACACCCGUACGCCGACGCGUGCGCGCCCGCUCCUGGGCACUCUGGUGCGGGCGCACGGCCCCGGAGCCCCGGCAGCCCGGCGGGCCAGCCCUCCCCGUCCCUGCCGGGGAUGGGUGCGUCCCUGCCGGGGAUGGGUGCGUCCCUGCCGGGGAUGGGUGCGUCCCUGCCGGGGCCCCAGCGCCCGCAGGCCCCCUCCGGGGUCAGCAGCCCACCGCCGCCCCCCCAGCAGCAGAGUCCGGCCUCCGGCCCCUCCGGGGAGGCCACGGGGUGGCCGGGCGAGGCCCGCCCAGACCUGAUCCCCGCCUUUCCUCUGAGCGCCUUCACAGGAGGAGCUGACCUCCACGUCCAGCAGCCCCCCGCCCAGCCCGCCGUGCGUUACGUGCCGGCCGCAGCCCCUCACCCCUCCGUCGGGCUCAACGGCCCCGCGGCAGCCUCCCCUGUCCGGGCCCCGGCCGCUCCCACCCCCGGCAGCCUCUUCAGGAACACCAGCCACCCGGCGGCCGGCCCUCGGGUCAUCAGCGCGGAGGCCCAGGUCCUGCCGGGCCCUCGGGUCAUCAGCGCUGAGGCCCAGGUCCCUCCCGCCCCCCCGCCGGUGCUCCCGGGGCCCAACGAGCAGCCGCCCUCAGCCGCCGAGAUGAAGCUGGAGGCCCUCACUAAGCGGCUGGAGAAAGAAAUGGAUGCCCAACCGAAGGCCGACUACUUUGGAGUCUGCGUGAAAUGUAGUAAAGCGGUUUAUGGAGCCAGCCAGGCCUGCCAGGCUAUGGGCAGCCUGUACCACGACACCUGCUUCACCUGUAGUGCCUGCAGUCGAAGGCUGAGAGGGAAGGCUUUCUACUAUGUUGGAGGGAAAGUUUUCUGUGAAGAGGACUUCCUGUACUCUGGUUUCCAGCAGUCUGCUGACAAGUGCAACGCAUGUGGACAUCUGAUCAUGGACAUGAUCCUGCAGGCCCUGGGCAAGUCCUACCACCCCGGCUGUUUCCGCUGCGUGAUCUGUAACGAGAGCCUGGACGGAGUGCCCUUCACUGUUGACACCGAAAACAAGAUCUACUGCGUCAAAGACUACCACAGGGUCCUGGCGCCUAAAUGUGCAGCCUGUAACCAGCCUAUCCUGCCCUCAGAGGGGUCUGACGAAACCAUUCGAGUUGUGUCCAUGGACAAAGACUAUCACGUGGAGUGUUAUCACUGUGAGGACUGUAAGAUGGAGCUGAAUGAUGAGGAGGGCCACCGCUGCUACCCCCUAAACGGCCAUCUUCUCUGCCACGCCUGUCACUUGAAGCACAUCCAGCCUGUCUGCCCCCCCUCGGUCCCCGCCGCCUCCUUCUAACCCUGGCCAAGGCGGAGGGAGACACCUGCUGGAUCUGAGGGGGAACGUCCAGACCCGGGAAGCAGGAGUGGAUAUUUUUUUCUCAGUUCUUGUUGUAGAGGAUUGACUGAAUCGAAGCAUCACAUUCUAACGUUGUCCGAUGUGUAUUUAUAGGCAGGGAUGCGGACAAAGCCUCGCUUAUGGGGAAUCUUUGAUGGGUGUGACCCAGCAAUGAAGUAUCGUCAUACACCAAAGCUGAACUUUGCUGAAGUGUUUUCAUAUCAUUAUUUUUGUAUAGAUAUCAGCUUUGGGGCCUUUGUAAAUAUCCUACUGCCUGCUCAUUGAAGAUGCUGUGUGCCUUCAGCUUCACAUUUGCACUGAGACCGCAAAUUGAACGGUUCGCUCCUCAAUCAUUUUUCAAAGGUUCUCUUAUGCAAAAGAUGUGAAGCCCAUCCUGGACUGAGACACAAAUCACUGGUACUGAGACGUUCAGUCAGAGAGGAGGUUAAAGUUGCUAGAAUAAUAUAUCAAUUCUAAUCUUCAUUCACUCCUUACAGUACGCAGAGACUCCUCAAAGGGUCUCUGGAUUAAAAAAAAACUACUUUAAUCCUACAGCUGGUGUUCAUUUGAUGUAAAGCAAUAGAGUUUGGAAAAAUUUAAUUUUUCUAAUUUCUUCUCACAUUUGAUUAAGACCGUUCAGUAACAGACCUGCAGUCAGUUAACACUUUUAUGUUCUUUUGUGGAGGCAUUAUGCAAUAAAUUCAACCAAAUACAAACAACGCCACCAGCUCCCGUCACUGUCAGAAAAUGUGCUCAGGGCUUACCAGUUCUUUCAUGUAGAUUUCCUUGCCCUAAUCAAAUCUGACAAGCGAAAGUUUUUGAGAACUUGGUCAUGGUAUUUUAUUUUUUGUUGUUUUUGCGGUCAAUAAGAAGCUGACACUCCUCACAUUCUGCCUGUUGUAAGCACUUACAAAUAGAUCAAGGACCUUUCCUAUGCACCCACGGCAUUUAGCCGGUAGACCCAUGCGUUUUUCUUUCAUUUUCAAACAUUGUAUGUUUUUAAAAAUAUAUAUUUGCUUGGCCUAUAAUCAUACCUUUUUCAUAUUAAUCUUGAUGCAAUCCAUGUUUUAAGUACCUUACCCACAGGCGUGGUCACCUCCUUCUGAAAUACUAAUUGGAUUUGCAGAGUGAACCAUUUUGCUGAAAUAUUAUAGUUCAUGAGUUGUGUGUACUAACUUAAUACUGAAGCUGACCACCAUUUGAGAACGACCGUCACGGCCAACUGUUGGCUAAGAUAAAGAGAAAACAUGCUUUGUGCUACUUCACUGUUCUAAAGAAAAUGUUUAAUAAAUUACAAAGGGCCAGCUCUUGUUUUUCUCUUUAAAAUCUUUCUCACUUUGGUACUGUCAUUUCCCCUGUGGCCGAUGAUCUGCUCUGUUAUUUGGACUUCAUUUGAAUUUAACGUUUGCUUUGUGACUAUGCAGCUUGUAACUGAAACCCCUGUUCUCUGUUGCAUCUGAUGUAUCAUGAGUCUGAAGCAUAAUCAAUCCACUUGCACAAAUAUUUGGACAGGUUUUCAAUUUUAAUAUAAACCAGAGUAUCUACAUCUUCUUUCUUUUGGCAGAUCUUCCUUAGAGUUCCUAUUUGCAGAGGUUCCACUGUUGCUACCAAGAUUCAUGUUUGAAUCUCAGAUCUCCAUCUGAAUGCUUUUGAAAGAUUUUUCCCAGAGUAAAAGAGGCGUUUAUUCAACAUCAUUCGUCCUACAUCCAGUUUUCCCGGCUGUGUGGUCUAAAAUGAGUGUUAAAUCCCAGCUAUUGACAUCAUUACAAUGACAGUAUUACUACUAAAUUACAUCGUUUGUAAUUGAGAAUAACUGGACCGACGCUUAAAAUCUGUGACGAUACCAGAAAAUAGAGGAGGCGUAAUAUUUAGAGAUGGACUUGUUGUCUACUUUAAUACAAAAUUGGGCUCAUUACCUGCCUAUUUUGUUCGCCCAUUGAUAUUAUUUCUGUUGUACUUAUCACAUGAAAGAAAUUUGGAUUAUCCUUAUUAGCAGCACAUACAAUUCUCCGUAAUUACUCUUAUUGUCCUCCCUCACUGCACCUCUAUGUCGUUCAACUCAUAAAAUGUACUUUAUUUUCUCAAAAUGACUCUGUUUUUCACACCUCACAGUGAGCUGGGGAAAAAUAAAGCCCAUUCAAUGUUAAAAUGUUCCCAUUUAUCCUAAUCUUGAUGGUG